AUGGCCAGCAGCACAGUCGCAGGCAAUCUCGUCAUCUUCGGCACACCAACUGCUUUUUUCACUUCAUCUGAGCUUCUCGACAUCGAGCUCGAUGAGCCCUGGCCCGAUCCGCUACCACCAGCGUCUUCCAAGCCGGCGUACCAGUCACAGCCGUUUUGCGAUGUCCUUGACAUUGUGCGGCUGUGCUCGCUCGGUGAUGACUGCAAAUGGCACUGCGCCAACACUCUCGCAACUGCUUCUGGGCCUUUUCCAUUUACUACCUUAUGCGACGCAGAGUUUUGCGGCGUAGUGGCGGACUGUGGACGGGCUACCGGGCUCGUCGAGCUCAUGCAGAUUCAGAUAAGGGAGACGAGCAAUUGGUGGGCGACACAGGCGGGAUGUUAUGAACGAAAAGCUCCACUGCGGUCUCCAUUGCGCCUUUCAUUCGUGGUUGGCGCCAUGGUGAGUGUCGAUGGGGCUUCCGCUUGCACUUCCUGGCCUACCGUCAAAGUCUCCUCAAUGCCGUUGUUUGUCUUUCGUAUUCCGUAUUCCGUAUUGUCCCCAUUAGCUGCAUCGGCUCGCCGAGCAUCUAGAGGGGAUGGCGCACAGCUUAGAUCAUUCUAUUACGAGAACCCAAACAGCAGCAUCAUGAUCCAAGUUUUGUGCUAUCGUCCCAACAUGCCAAUGCGUUUCACAGUAGUCAUUGUAAACGGCUCCAGUCGUAUACCCGCAGCUCGAUGCAAACACCACUUUUCUACAGUGUUGUCAAGCCCGCACCAUGUACCACUUGCCGCCUCCACGUUUCGUCUCUCCUUCCUCGAAGCACUGCACGAACACUGCAAAAACACCUUUACACACUCGAGUCUCCGAACUGUUGGUCACCACCUCUGCCAAUCGCAUUCAUUAGCGAUACCAACACCUUUGCCACACACCAUGGCUCAUCUUCCGGAUCCAAACGGCGCCGGCUCGCGAUUCGAGGCGAAGUUUGUCAAAAUCUGCUUGAAGCACAGUGUCGACUUGGGGUUCAGCGUCAACCUCGAAAGCAUCGAGACAUGGAAGCUCAGCGAGGAAGUCGUCCGCGCCUUGCGCAAGUGGAAGCUGGGCGACUUCGACGACCAGAGCGCGUACGACAUGUUGAAGCAACUCCUCGGCACUGAUCAGAAGAAGCAAAUAGCUGUCGUUGCGGACAUUGUUUCUUUCGCAGCUUCCAAGCACGGCCUGAGAGGCGACGACUUCGCGAGAGAGGCUCGUGGGCGCGCCGGGGUGGACAAGGCCAGGUACUCAUUUGUCGCGACACUGCGCAACAUCGUGUUCGACAGCGCCAUCGACUCGACCCUUGUGGCGACUAAGAGCGGGGACGACAUGGUUGAGAAGAAGUGCAAGUUGGUGUACAAGGUCGCUGCUUACCUUCUCCUGGACGUGCUGGUGGAUCUUCAGGGCGACGCCAGCUAUUGGGAGGUAUCACUGGGUGGCAACACUGUGGACGGAUGGAGCACCAAAGCCAAUGGUGACGGCGAAGAUGAGGGUGAAGAGACGACCAACGACGAGUCGAACAACACCGCACUCACCACUGAGGACUACAUCCCAGGCAAGUCCCAAGAAGCCUCAGCCGAGUUUGUCGAAACUCAAUCAGCCCGUCGCACCAAUCGCGCUGGACUUGGCCACGUCCGCAAGUCUCGCUCCGUCCUGUUCAACUUCACCGAACAGAACAAGCGCAUGCGCCUCAGCCAUGCGCGGGCUCCGGCACAGAUCUCAACAUCCGCUAUCGAAGAAAUGAGCAAGAAGCUGAAUUCGGCGGAGGGCAAGAACGUUCGGCAGGCGGAGGAGAUCUGGAAGCUCGAAGCGGCCUGCUCCAACUACGAGAGAGUAGUCGCCAAAUUCCAAGCUGAAGCUGCAGAAGACAAGAAGACCAUCGAGAAACUCGAGGCUAAGCUUGCUGCACGUGGUUCAACCUCCUGA